AUGGCUUUUAACAGCACAAGGCCAAGCACAGGAAACCUGUCCCCUCUCCCCUUCCCAGGCAGUCUGCUGGAGAUAGCCUUCCCAUUGACCCUUUUAGUACUCUGUGCAAAAAACUUGGUGAAAAAGGAUUUUUUCAGACUUCCUGAUCCAUUUGCUAAAGUGGUGGUUGAUGGAUCCGGACAAUGCCAUUCUACAGAUACUGUGAAGAAUACCCUUGAUCCAAAGUGGAAUCAGCAUUAUGACCUGUAUAUUGGAAAGUCCGACUCUGUAACAAUCAGUGUAUGGAAUCAUAAGAAGAUCCAUAAAAAACAAGGUGCUGGAUUUCUUGGUUGUGUUCGACUUCUUUCCAAUGCCAUCAACCGCCUUAAAGACACUGGUUAUCAGCGGUUGGAUCUAUGCAAACUUGGGCCAAAUGACAAUGAAACAGUUAGAGGGCAGAUUGUGGUAAGCCUCCAAUCGAGAGACCGAAUAGGCACAGGAGGUCAAGUUGUGGACUGCAGUCGUUUAUUCGAUAAUGAUUUGCCAGAUGGCUGGGAGGAACGGAGAACUGCCUCUGGAAGGAUACAAUAUUUAAAUCAUAUUACACGAACUACUCAGUGGGAACGGCCAACUCGGCCAGCAUGUGAAUAUUCCAGUCCUGGCAGGCCUCUUAGCUGCUUUGUGGAUGAGAACACUCCAAUUACUGUAACAAAUGGUGCAACAUGUGGACAGUCAUCAGAUCCUAGACUUGCAGAAAGGAAAGUCAGAUCACAAAGACACAGAAAUUACAUGAGCAGGACACAUUUACAUACUCCACCUGACCUACCUGAAGGCUAUGAACAGAGAACAACACAGCAAGGUCAAGUCUAUUUUCUACAUACACAGACUGGUGUGAGCACAUGGCAUGAUCCAAGAGUACCCAGAGAUCUUAGCAACAUCAAUUGUGAAGAGCUUGGUCCACUGCCUCCUGGAUGGGAAAUUAGAAAUACAGCAACAGGCAGAGUUUAUUUUGUUGACCAUAACAACAGAACAACACAGUUUACAGAUCCUCGGCUAUCAGCUAACUUGCAUUUAGUUUUAAACCGUCAGAACCAGUUGAAAGGACAACAGCAGCAGGUGGUACCCUUGUACUCAGAUGAGGCAGAAGGUCUGACAGUUCCAAGGUAUAAGCGAGACCUGGUUCAAAAGCUAAAAAUUUUGAGGCAGGAACUUUCUCAGCAGCAGCCUCAAGCUGGCCACUGUCGCAUUGAAGUCUCCAGAGAGGAAAUUUUUGAGGAAUCAUACAGACAAGUCAUGAAAAUGAGACCAAAAGACCUGUGGAAACGAUUAAUGAUCAAAUUUCGUGGAGAAGAAGGCCUUGAUUAUGGAGGGGUUGCAAGGGAAUGGCUUUAUCUCUUGUCUCAUGAAAUGCUGAAUCCAUAUUAUGGCCUCUUCCAGUACUCAAGAGAUGACAUCUAUACAUUGCAAAUCAAUCCAGAUUCUGCAGUUAACCCGGAGCAUUUAUCAUAUUUCCACUUUGUUGGGCGGAUCAUGGGGAUGGCUGUAUUUCAUGGACAUUACAUUGAUGGUGGUUUCACAUUGCCUUUUUAUAAACAAUUGCUUGGAAAGUCAAUUAAUUUGGAUGACAUGGAGUUGGUUGAUCCAGAUCUUCACAACAGCUUAGUCUGGAUACUUGAGAAUGAUAUUACAGGUGUAUUGGAUCAUACUUUUUGUGUUGAACACAACGCUUACGGUGAAAUUAUUCAACAUGAACUUAAACCAAAUGGUAAAAGCAUCUCAGUUACAGAGGAUAAUAAAAAAGAAUAUGUCAGGCUUUAUGUAAACUGGAGAUUUUUACGAGGAAUUGAAGCUCAGUUUCUGGCUCUGCAGAAGGGAUUCAAUGAAGUAAUCCCACAACAUCUAUUGAAGACAUUUGAUGAGAAAGAACUAGAGCUCAUCAUCUGUGGGCUGGGGAAGAUUGAUGUUAGUGACUGGAAAGUAAACACGCGGUUGAAACACUGUACCCCAGACAGUAAUAUCGUGAAAUGGUUCUGGAAAGCUGUGGAAUUUUUUGAUGAAGAAAGGAGAGCACGAUUACUUCAGUUUGUGACAGGAUCUUCCAGAGUGCCUUUGCAGGGAUUUAAAGCUUUACAAGGUGCUGCAGGUCCAAGACUAUUUACAAUACACCAGAUUGAUGCUAGUACUAACAAUCUGCCAAAAGCUCACACAUGCUUCAAUCGAAUAGACAUUCCACCUUAUGAAAGCUAUGAGAAGCUUUAUGAGAAGCUGCUAACAGCCAUUGAAGAAACAUGUGGAUUUGCUGUGGAAUAAUGAACUUUGCCAACUUCUUGAAACUCCAUUUAUGUAUGUUUGAUUGAUAGCUCCCCCUCCAGCCAACAUUCAAGAAAUGCUUGAAGUUCAGGCACUCUUUUUCCCUUUUCUACUCUAGGACACCUUAAGGGAGAAGGGUAGUUUUGGAAUUUCCUUUCUGAGAAAAAAAAAAUGGUCUUUGUCAUGAGGCCACUCCGCUGCUAUUUAAAACUAUUAUCUUGAACCUACAGAAUGCUGACUUUUCUAUGUUUUCAAAGUCUGGCAGUAUUUUACUCUUAAAAGACUACUAUUAUUUUUAUAAAAGGUAAUCUAUUUUGUUUACCUAUAAGAAUUUGCCUUUCUAAAACAUCAAGACACAAGUUCAGCAGUUGGUACAAGUCACAUUUCAGCUUCUCUGAACACAUACCAAACAGCUACUAUAAUACUCUUUUUAAAAAGAAAAAUAAAGUUAUUUUUGGAUUACUCUAAUUUUGGAUAA